UCAUCAAACUGCGACAUACCGAGGAACAAGCGCCACAUUUCUGCUGCGCCAAAUUAUUUAGGUACUUUCGGCGUUACCGCUUUAGCUACAGCCACAGCCAAAAUAAAUCUGGGGCGUAAAAGAGGAAGAGCGUUGAUGCACCAUGAGUUUGUUUGGGACGAGCUCCGGGUUUGGAACAGGAGGGACAGGUGUCUUUGGAAGCACAACAACAGACAGUCAUAAUCCCAUGAAGGAUGUUGAAGUGACUUCACCUCCAGAUGACAGCAUCAGCUGUCUUGCUUUCAGUCCACCCACGAUGCCAGGGAACUUCCUCAUUGGAGGAUCCUGGGCCAACGAUGUCAGGUGCUGGGAGGUGCAGGACAAUGGACAGACUGUCCCUAAAGCCCAGCAGAUGCACACAGGUCCAGUUCUGGAUGCGUGCUGGAGUGAUGACGGGAGUAAAGUGUUCACUGCUUCCUGCGAUAAGACAGCUAAGAUGUGGGAUCUCAACAGCAAUCAAGCAAUGCAGAUUGCUCAGCAUGAUGGUCCGAUCAAAGCAAUCCACUGGAUAAAAGCCCCUAACUACAGCUGUAUCAUGACUGGAAGCUGGGAUAAAACACUGAAGUUCUGGGACACACGCUCUCCCAAUCCCAUGAUGUCGCUGCAGAUGCCAGAGAGAUGCUACUGUGCAGAUGUUGUUUAUCCCAUGGCGGUGGUGGCCACAGCUGAGAGAGGCCUGAUAGUGUACCAGCUGGAGAACCAGCCCUCUGAAUUCCGCAGAAUAGACUCUCCCCUCAAACAUCAGCACCGCUGUGUUGCCAUUUUCAAGGACAAACAGAACAAACCCACAGGCUUUGCACUGGGAAGCAUUGAGGGCCGAGUGGCCAUCCACUAUAUCAACCCUCCAAACCCAGCCAAAGACAACUUCACCUUCAAGUGCCACAGGUCCAAUGGAACCAACACAACCACUCCACAGGACAUCUAUGCUGUGAAUGCUAUCUCCUUCCAUCCUGUCCAUGGCACGCUGGCUACUGUGGGCUCAGACGGGCGCUUCAGCUUCUGGGACAAAGACGCCCGCACCAAGUUGAAGACCUCAGAGCAGCUUGACCAGCCCAUUACGGCUUGCUGCUUCAACCACAAUGGCAACAUCUUUGCAUAUGCUUCCAGUUAUGACUGGUCAAAGGGCCAUGAGUACUACAACCCCCAGAAAAAGAACUACAUCUUCCUGAGGAACGCUGCCGAGGAGCUGAAGCCUCGGAACAAGAAAUGAUUCGUCGUGCCAAGUCGCAUCUCUUGUGAGGAAAUGCGGAAGACCUGCUGCUUUAGUGUGUGUAUACGCUCGAGACAGACUCCUUCGUUUUGGCAAACACCUGGACCAAUGCCGUGGUGCUGCGUGUACUGUGCAUGGACCAAUCAGAGGGGCCUACCCAACCUGGCGUUGAUGACAACUGUGUGACAAUUGGUCUUAGAGGUCAUCAUAGAAGGGGAGGGCUUUAUUUGUUACUCACCUUGAUGUUUGAUUAUUUUUUAUGUGUUCAGUUCCUCUUUUUUUUUACAGCUUUCCAAAGACUUUUCACUUUCUUUUGAUUUGAUUUUACUCCGUGGUUUAGCUCCAUUAAUUAAACUUGGAUGUAAAAUAAAUAACUAAGUGCAUACUCUUAGAUUUGAAUAUGUUUAUUCCAACUUGAGGGAGUAAGUAGGUUAAAAAUAACCUAUUGUGUUUGCUGUAUAAAUGUUGAGGAUUUACGGAACUGUAAUGUGCAUGCAAAACCGUGACCACUAUCUCAUUUUUCAGCUGUAAAAUCUCUCCAUCAUAUGGGUCUCUGACAUUGGAACCAUCACAAUAUCAAAAUGAUAAACUUUGAAUAGCAUCUGUGUCACAAUGA